AUGGGUGCAGCAAAUGGCAAAGUUUCAAAAGAAGAUAUUAAAGAAUUAUUGAAAAAAACAAAUUAUUCAAAAAGUGAAAUCGAUAAAUUAAAGGGUGAUUAUAAAAAAGGAGAUACCGAUGGUAAACCAGGUUUAAGUUUUGAAGAGUUUAAAAUUUUCUUUUCAAAAAGAUUUAAAGAUUAUGAUGAUGCCUCACUCCUUAAAAUGUUUUGUUUAUUUGAUGUCGACUCUAAUGGUGUUUUAGAUUUUCUCGAAUUUAUUGGUGCAUUAUAUUUAAUGACCAAAGCAUCUGUUGAAGAUAAGUUAUCUUUUCUCUUUGAUUUAUUUGAUCAAGAUGAUAAUGGUUACAUUAAUUUAGAUGAAUCAAUUAAACUAUGUAAUGUUGUUACUGCAUGUGGUGUUAGUUUUGGUAUGAGUGUUUCAGAAUCAAUUAAUUUUGCAUCUACUGUUAUGACUUAUAGUAAUAUGAAAAACCCAAGUUUAGGUUUUACCAAAGAAGAAUUUAUUUCAACAUGUAAUAAAUCUGAAAAUUUCUUAAAAAUUAUUUCUUUUGAUUAUCAAUCAUAAGAAAAAACAAAAUUAGAUAUCAAUUAAUAAUAAUAGAAAAUUAAAAUUAAUAAAAAUUGUAUAAUUAUAGUC